AUGCUUCCCCAGCGCUCUCUACGCCUUUACCUGCUCGCGGUCUUCACUCUUGUCCUCGGCUUGCUCAUUUACUUUUGGUGCUCCCUCACCUGGCCUCUAUCAUCCCCAUCUCAUCCCCUCUCAUCCGCCAUAUCGCCAACCUGCCCCUCCCCUACAGGUCCCCUCUCUCCGUUUCCCUCAACCGGGUACACCUGCCAACCCCUCACCUCGCAGAACCCGACGUUCGACAUCUCCCUCUGCUCCUACUCCUGCAAUACAUUUUCUCUCCAUAUCUCCCGCCCCUCGUCCUCCUGUUCCGGAGCCGAGUGGACCGUCAGCUCCGAUCCUCGCCUGGAUAGGUAUAUCAAGCGUUUUCUUGGGCCGGACGCUUUUCUCCUGCGUACCGAUGGGGCUGAGCGCGGGGUAUGGAAUUCCCCGACUAGGUUCAGCCAAGAGACGUGUGUGUAUGAAUGGGAUGUCCAGCUGAGAAACGGCGGCGCCGCAUGGGCACAAGUAUGGUGGGAGUUCCCGAACUAUCUCUCCGUGAUGGAGAACAACGCCUCGUGGCCUGAAGUGAUCCACGAGCCUCUCUUGGCUGAGCCCUUCCAGCUCCCAGCCUGUCCCGAGGAAUGCCAAACUUACACAGCGAACAUCUCCAGUGGGCGCGUGGUCCUCUCUCCUCCCCCGCCCUCCUUACUGCUGGACCUCCCGCCUUGCUCAGGCGGUGAGCCGAUACAGGGGUCGUACAUCCCCACUCUGGCGAUGCAAGAUCUCUCCCAAGUGCCCCAGACAGCGCAGGAUAUAAUCGGCAAGUAUACGUUCGUUCCCCACUCUUGUCGCUGGGCACACCCUGGACUACGGUACACCUCCCCCGAGCCUUGCACCUUCAAGCCAAAAAAGGUCUUCGUCACCGGUGACUCGCACGGUCGAGUAGCACACGACGCGCUCAUGCAUCGGCUGAACGGGCACUGGAGCACCCUCACAGAAAGCGAGAAGAUGGGUGAGAAAUCCGAUUCUGCCGGGCUGGUGGAGAGCGUCUUCCUCUGGGACCCGGUGGGCGCCACGGAGCCGGAAAGGACGUGCGAGCUUAUAGCGGAUAAGGACGUCGUCGCCGUUAGCCUUGGGAUGUGGUUCUCUGCUGCAGAGGGAUCCAGGACAGCAGAAGCGCUCGACCUGAUCCUCAGUCACCUAGAGGUGUAUCCUCGUUGCCCUCGGCUUGAGAAUCAGAAACUCAUCUACCUCGGCGUUCCUGCACACCCUCCCCGGUCGGACCACUUUGUCCAAGAAGCGAAAGAUCAUGUCACGAACGGGCGGAUGGAACUCUGGAGCGCGCUUGUGCUCCCCCUGGCAAGGCAGGAGGGGUGGGAAGUAGUGGACGCGUUCGCACUUACGAAUCCGUAUGUGCUCGAAACGCUUGAUUUGGAUAGCGCGCAUUUUACGGGUACGGAGGCGCUUGAUGCGCUUGUGGAUGAGAUUAUUGGAAAGUCGGGAUUGUGUGAGGUGUGA